CAGGACCGGUUCGAAAAACUCCCCCGGUGAUUUUCAGCUGAGAACUUGCGGCUCCUAGAGAGGAACCGCUUCGCUGUCGAGCUCCCGGAGGUGCACUGAUUCUCGGGGAAGACGGCAGGAGAAAAGAGCAGACAAAAUCAGCACCUUGAAAUUUGGACGAGCGUCGCGGGGAUUCUCAGGGUCAACAACUAAGGGGACUUUUAAAAACCACUUACCGCCUCUAGAGUGGAGAUCAAAACUUGCCUGGGCGCCCUCAGAAUCCACAGAACUUCCAACUUUUGCAGGCUCCGCCUCACCGGCGCGCCUCUUUUGACUUGCAGCCCGAGAAUCUCUUCAGUGCGACAGCACGAGGAAGUUUGGCCCUCUGCGGCCACCGCUCGCUUCAACAUGGCUGCCCCCAGGGAGAGGCGAGACGAAUGCCAAAGUGGAGAGUACGGGCUCUAAAUUCCUCACGCAUGGAUCGCAGCGCAGAAUUCAGGAGAUGGAAGGCACAGUGUCUGAGUAAAGCAGAUCUCAGCCGGAAGGGCAGUGUGGACGAAGAUGUGGUCGAGAUUGUGCAGCUCCUGAAUGCUCAAGAACAGUUUUUCACUACCAGCUCCUGCGCUGGCCGCAUCCUCCUCCUAGACGGGGGUAUAAAUGGUUUGGGGGUUCAGAAACAAAACUGUUGCUGGCUGCUGGUUACACACAUACCUUGUAUAAAAGAUGAUGUGAUGGUAGCUCUGAAGAAAGCCAAUGGUGAUGCUGUUUUCAAAUUUGAACCAUUUGUUCUUCAUGUGCAGUGUCAGCAGUUGCAGGACGCACAGAUGCUGCAUUCAGUGGCAAUUGAUUCUGGUUUCAGAAACUCCGGCAUUACAGUGGGAAAGAGGGGAAAGACUAUGUUGGCUGUCCGGAGUACACAUGGUUUAGAAGUUCCAUUAAGCCAUAAGGGAAAAUUGAUGGUGACAGAAGAAUAUAUUGACUUCCUAUUAAAUAUAGCAAACCAAAAAAUGGAGGAAAACAAGAAAAGAAUUGAAAGGUUUUUUAACUGUCUACAACUUGCUUUGGAAAGAGAAAAAAUUACUAACUCACAUACCCAGAAAGAGAAAAAUAACCCAUUCUGUACUCCUAAGAAAAAGAGACACCCAGAAAAAACACAUGGCAAGUGUAUUCCUGAAGAAAAUGAUAAAGAACCUGAAAAUGAUGAUGACAAUGACCCAGGAAUCAAUGCUGCUAUCUUCCCCAAAGAUUACUAAGAUUUGGUUCUGAAGUGUUUUAGUAAAAUAAUGUUUAUAAUAGGUUUUAUAAAACUGCUCUUUAUAAGAGUAUUUUAGCUUAUUGAUGUCAGCCAUUCAGAAAAGCAAGAUUUAAUUUCUCUAUGUUUUAGAGAAAAACAUUUUACAGGAUUCUGUGACUUUUUCUUGUAUGUUUGCUCAUGAAUUACUGCAUUUUUUGGUCAAUCAUUGCAAAAAUAAAACGAUGAUUUUCAAUGCUU